UUUGAGAGUGGUCGGCAAGGGGUGGCGUGCUGCGACCGAAGCUUUUAAGGUUUGUCCGUUAACCCAAGGGAACACAAAUAAAACAAAAGGAGAUAGAGGCGUCCAAGGCAGAAAUCGCGGUGGGUUGGCCAGGUGGGCAUGUGGUGGGGGUGCGUCGCGUCUCCCUCUUCAGCUACUCUCAUUCCCCCCACUUUGUAAUUGUAAAUGCUUCCUGCUAUAUAACCUGAACCUGAAUGCUCUUACUCCUCUCUCUCUCUCUCUCUCUCCCCCUCAGCUCUCUUGGAAUUUUCCCUUCUUCACUCUUUUAUUUCGAUUAAAGGGGGAAAGUUUGUGUGGAACGAGUAAUGGAAAGCGGAUUGGAGCCCUGGACUUCCUCUUUUGGGUCAGGCUGCGGUAAUUCCUCUCGGGAAGAUGGGUCUUUGGUGGAGCUUGGAUCUGGGAAUUUUGGGUGCUCACACUACAGGAGGAGAUGCAAGAUCAGGGCACCUUGUUGCGAUGAGGUAUUCGACUGCAGGCAUUGCCACAACGAAUCAAAGAAUUCAAUAGAAGUUGACCCCGUUGAUCGGCACGACAUUCCUCGCCAUGAAUUGGAGAAGGUCAUAUGUUCCUUGUGUGGCACUGAACAAGAUGUUCAACAAGACUGCAUUUGUUGUGGGGUUUGCAUGGGAAAGUACUUUUGCUCGAAAUGCAAGUUCUUUGAUGAUGAUAUUUCAAAGAAUCAAUAUCAUUGUGACGAAUGUGGAAUUUGCAGGACUGGGGGGGCAGAGAACUUUUUUCAUUGUAAUAAAUGCGGCUGCUGCUAUCCAAGUUUGUUGAAGGAUUCACACAACUGUGUCGAAAGAGCAAUGCACCACAACUGCCCUAUUUGCUUUGAGUUUAUUUUUGAUACAACGAAAGACAUUACUGUCUUGCCUUGUGGGCACACCAUACAUCUUGAAUGUGUGAAAGAGAUGGAGCAGCAUUUUCAGUAUUCGUGUCCUGUUUGCUCAAAAUCAUAUUGUGAUAUGUCCCAUGUGUGGGAAAAACUUGAUCAUGAGGUCUCUUCAACGCCAAUGCCUCGAAUGUAUAAAACAAAAAUGGUUUGGAUCCUCUGUAAUGACUGCGGGAAAACCUCUGAGGUAACCUUUCAUGUUAUCGCUCACAAGUGCUUGAAAUGCAAGUCCUAUAAUACAAGGCAGAUAAGAGGCGACCCUACUCUUUGCUCGUCGAGAAUUGAAGAGAUGGUGAGAUGAUUGUUGAGGUUUUACCUCAGAGAUAGCAGAAGGUGAAAACAUCCAUUCCAUAUCGCUGAUUGUACUAGUUUUUUGUGUUUCCUCUUUUGAAAUAUAUUAUGCUAUAUUUGGAAUCAUGGAGUCCACGGCUUGGACCUUUCAGUGCACAUUACACUAUAUUUGGAAUUAAUGGAAUUCCCCACUAUAUUGGGGAUUUGCAAGCAAGUGGUAAAACCAUUAGACUUGGAAAUUUUAACCACACAAAUCUCUUUAUAUAAAUUUAUAUAUUAGUUUUCAAGACCUUAGCAUAGCCUAUAUCCUGUAUUAGGAUUCAACAUUUACACCUAAUAUCAGCUAUGGUGGGCUUGUUGAAUGUUGGCCGACUGGCUAUUUAGGUGUUGUAGUGUUGCUUUUCACUUAGCUGCAGCCAGCGGUAGUCUUCUUUUUCAUCAUCAUCUUUUUAUCAUGAUCAUGAUCAUGAUCAUCAUUUCUCUUUUACAUCAUCACCGCAAUCAAGAUCAUCAUCUUCUGCUGAAGUGAAAAAACAAAGCCCAUUAUCCAUUUAACCUAGGAAUUUUCAGAGAAACAAAUCCAUAUGUUUUCAGUUUCUUGCGCUGUAAGAAUCCACCAGCUCAGUUUGUUUGGUAGUUGAUUUUGAGGGGUCUUUUGUAUGGUUCAAUUGUGUAUUCUCUGAAGCUGAAAUAUUUGUUUCUUAUUGCUUCAAUUCAACCGAUUGCACAACGCUUAUCUCCAAUCCUGGUCUCUCCAGUGCAGUAUGUGUGCCAUUUGUGCGUUGGGGUUGUUUGUAUGUUAUUGGAGAUGGCAGUGACGCUUUCCUCCAACUUAUUUCUUUUUCUUUUUAAUUAUUAUUAUUAUUUUUAUUAUUUUUUUCAUGAAAAUAACCCAGUGCCAGAAACUUGUUUGCCCAUCAUAAAAAAAAUUUCAACAAAAAAUAGAAAAUAGAGGGAAUUUUUAAAAAGUACAAUUGGAAAAGUAUCGAGAACAAAACUAGGAAACAUUUAAAAAAAAAAAAAAAAUUAAGAGAGCUUUUAUGAAAUACUAGAAAACAAAACAGUAAUGGAUUUCAUUCUUGAGGAAAAGGCAAAAAAUGAUAAGAUAUCUAAAGAGAGUAUAAAAUAAUUCAGCUAUAAAAAGGAGAAACUAUGCAUUUAGAGUAUCCCAAAAAUUAAAAAUAACAGUAAUAAUUAUUUGAAAAUUAAAACUUAAUAAAAUUCCUAAUUCUUGAAAAAAUUAUAGCUAGUAUUUAUUUGGUUGUCCCAAAAAUGUUUGGACACCUCAAUAUUUUAGGAAGGAUACUCAAAACCAUGGUUUUGAAACCCGGACUAGAUCAAAAUUGGUCAAUGCACCGAUUUAGGUAGGCCAGAGAAUUAGUUUUUUUGUGAAUCGGCAUUGACCUAGUUUGACUAAGGUGACUCAGCGUGAACAGCUAGACUUGACGAGUCAGAUGCUUGUAUUAUGCUUAUGCUAAAAAAAAUUUAGUGUUUAUUUUUGCUUCUUCAUGUUUUUGUGACUUGCUCCAAUCUUCUCACCAAGGAUCGAUUCUCUGUUUUGAGGGCAACUGUUUUAUUAUUAUUUUUUUUUGGAGUGCAUAGUUCUCCUUUCUUAUUUUUGUGACUUUAAAAGUCUUUGGUUGCCUAUAUUUUGUCUUUUGUCGCACUGUUGAGCAUACUAAAUUGUCGCCAUGUUUUGCCAUAUGUGUCUUCCUUGGUUAUGGAGAGGGACAAAAGGGUUAUGGGUGUUUUGAUCCUGUUGCUCAGAAACUAUGUCACUCAUCAUGUUGCCUUCCUCAAACACAUUUCUUUCCUUACCGUUCCUACUAGCUCUCCUCAUAUGGCGCCGCCAAACCUUAUUUGUAUUGACCCUUUCUCUAAUGAUGAAAUGGUGGUGAUGGUGGUGGUAAUGACGAUGCACAUGGUGGUGAUGAUGAUGCCUCUCUUGUGGUCCCCCAAGAAUCUCCCGUGGUUGUGGAUUCUCAUCAGUCUCGCUAUCCCAAGCGUGCUCGUAAGUCCACUUAGUUACUAGAUUUUGCUUAUUCUUGUUAUUUUGGUUCUUACACUUCCUUCUUAGCAGCUAUUCACCCACUUUGUGAGCCUACCUCAUACAAGGAGGCUGCUUGUGAUCCUCUUUGGUAACAGGCUAUGGUUGAGGAAAUUUCUGCACUGCAUAAAACUCAUAAUUGGGACUUGGUGUCACUCCCUCCUAGUAAAAAAUCUAUUGGUUCUUGUUGGUUUCACAAAAUCAAAACAAAGUUAGAUGGUUCUAUUGAGCGAUACAAAGCUCGUUUGGUUACUGAGGGUUUUACUCGAGAGUGUGGUAUGGAUUAUGAGGAGACUUUUGUCCCGGUUGCCAAAAUGAUAACUGUUUGUGCUCUUAUUACUGUAGCUUCUGUUUGUCGGUGGGGCUAUUUCUUAAUUGGAUGUUAAAAAUUCCUUCUUAAAGGGGGAUCUGAAAGAGGAAGUUUACAUGGUACUUUUGUGUUGGGGAUGUGACUCAUAUUCAGAGCGGAUCACAUGUAUCAGAGAAAGUUACGUGAAGCGAGGGAUAAUUGCAUGAGAAGAGGUUUCAGACAGUACGUAAGAGGACCUUUGCUUAGCACAAAACUGCCAACAGUUUGGUUAAACCGUCAAAACCGCCAACAGUUUGGUUAAACCGUCGACGGUUUCCAUCGGCGCAAAUUGUGUGAUUUGAAUUCAAGGGGCUUAUAGAUUAGGCAAAUCUUGAGGAUUUUCCUUCGGUGGAUCAUUAUAGAUGUAGUUUAGGUUUACUAAAACUCUUCUAUUGGCAUUGGGUUCAUUCUUAAAUAAUAUUGCAUGUAACCCAAAAGUGUAAAAUUUGACAUUGUUCAUAGUGAAAAACGAAGUGUUGCUCUAGUGGACAUAGGCUAUUGCUGAACCAUAUAUAUCUUGUGCGUUCUAGUUGUGU